AUGGAUCUCUCCGUUUUGCCAAAUAACAACCACCCGGACAAAUUCCUGCAGCUGGAAGUGAAGUCCUUACCGAGGAGCUCAGCAGCUCUCCGGAGGGUUCCCGGCAGCUCUUACCCUGAUGCCCAGCAGUGGCAAAAUCUAGUCUACUCACAGAAAGAGACGACGAAAACUGCUGCGCAACGAGUUAGAGGUUACAAUGUGGAGGUUCCUGUUGCUGAUAUCCCUCCGCCAUCCCUGUCGUCAGCUUUGAAGAAUAACCCACUAUAUGGUGAUGUGAGUUUGGAGGAAGCGAUGGAAGAUAGGAAAAAUAAUCCUUCGUGGACCGUUGAGGACUACGACAGGCGUUCUCUGCAUACCAAUCUCUCGGGCCAUCUGAAGGAAAAUCCUAAUGACCUGCGGUUUUGGUUGGGAGACAUGUACACGCCCGGGUUUGACGCCUUGUUGAAAAAAGAAGAGAAACAAGAGAAGCACUCGAAAUACUUGCGCAUAGGUCUGCUCUUGCUCCUUGCUGCCUGCAUCUUGGUUUCCAUAGUGACGAUCAGUACUUUUUUCACCUAA